AUGGGAGAUGAGAAUGGGGCGCCGAGUUCUUCACGUUCGGCGCGGAACGGUGAGCUUCAGACCGUUCCCACUCUCAACUCGACCCACCAGCAGAUGCGUAGCUGCAUCAGCGUCGACCUUCUGACAGCUUCUCAACGAGAAGUCAAUUUUCUUCGUAUGAUAGACAGGAAGGCCCCUGUCUUGUACGAGAAGUCGGUGGUCGAGAAUGCGAUUCGACGCUACGAGAUGUACUGGCUACCGAUGCAGGCAGCCAAGCCUGACCUGAAUAACAUUCCGCCCUUGGACAUUCACUGGAUCUGGCACACUCACAUGUUGUGUCCGGUGUCUUACGAAGAGGUGAGGAUACAUGUUGUAUUACCUAUAGUAACAGGUGAUAGUAGGUACAGUAAGUAAAUAAAUUAUUAAAUAAUAAGGUUUAAAACGUGACUUUUAUUUAUGUUAUUGUAGGACUGUGUGAGGAUCUGUGGUAAGAUCAUCGAUCACAAACUUUUGAGUUCCGACGAGAUCCAACAAAGAUACGAACAGUCGGUAUCUUUGUGGAACGAGUCGUGUCCAGAUGAGCCUUACGACUUUCUGAAUUCGAAUACGGCCAACGCCCAGGAUUACGUUCAGCAGUCACAGUAUAACAUUGCCGAGGCUGUGCAACGACAACGAAACUUUAAUUAUCAGGUAUGUUCGUAGAACAAUGUCAUCAUUACUAUUUGAUGACAUUUUAUAAUGACAUAAUUUUAUGUGAACUUUGGAUGACAUAUUACAAUUAAAAUGUUAUUAUGUUGCUGUUAUAGGUAUCAUUACCUCACUUCACAUCCCCCAAGUUCUUGAAAGAUGCUAUCGCCAGAUACGUGAACUUCCUCUUGAUCAAACAGACAUACCAAGAUCAGUUCUUUACUCCGUGUUACGACUUUGACUUGGUAUGGCACACACAUCAAGUACAUGCUGCUGCUUACCGUCGUGACUGUACCGCCAUCUUUGGAAGUAUUCUGAAGCACGAUGAUUCUGUGAACGACCGGUCGAAAAACUCGAAAUUACUAAAAGGAGAAGCGGCGACGAAGAAGGCAUGGGCUGCACACUUCAAGGAGGGAUUCUGGAGACGAGGCUGCAUGUACAGGUAUGUGUCGUAUCGUACUAUAUGUUUCAACUACUGGGGAUUUUAUACCAGUACUAGAAUACGUUCGUAAGGGUUUAAAAUAGUGUUUUAAAUAUUUUUAUCCAAUAUACAUAAAACUCGAUUUCAGAGGUCAUGUCGCUCCAGUAUUUCUGGGAUUCGAAAGCCAGGACAUGGGUAUAGUAACAUACGGUCAUGUCCAUAUCCCAUCGAUAUCGUUGAAGGAGAUACCUGUACAACGUGAACAGUUAAGGCUGAAGUUGUCAUACGGAGGCAAGAAGAUCACCACUUUCAAUGCUGACCUGGCUGACAAACAAGUGACACGGUCCAGCUUCUCACUGGUUUGGCAGCCUUCUGACUCUGGAGGCUUCUCUACAUCGUCGAUCGUCAAGUUUCCGUUCGAAAAGAAGAACUCGAAGCAUCUGGUGGUGGAGUUGGAGUUGUUUGACAAAGUGUUUCUUCAGAAGAGAGAUGUUGUCACACUGACAGGGAAGCUACCCUUGGAACAGGUAGGUGUUUGUUUCAUACAACAUAGUAAUAUUGUCAGUACAUAAUAUACAUUAUAGUACUAAAACAGUAAUGUGCUUUCAGAACAACUUUAUAACUCUAAUUAUUCAUUCUUAUGGUUUUACUUUCAGCUGAUCCCAGGGUCCAACCUGAAGACAGUCCAAAACCACAUGGCAUUGGAGAGUGUCAACUCUGAGCGUGUGAUGAAUGCCAAGGUUACGGUUAUUACAAGGUAUGUUACAGUAUGCCUCUUCAAUCUUCUUCAGUAUUUCCUUGAAUCGAGAGAUGGAGCUGAUGGCAGGAGAGUACGUUGAACAACCCAUUGAACCCAACAGCAGACUGUGGACGUUGUGCCAAAGUGCUGCUUUGAACAGAACGGCCUUACAGCCUAACGUUAGGGCCUUUAUAGCCACACACACGUAAGUCUUUGUCGUCGUAUACUCAUGUUGUUACGUGUUUUAUAAAGAUGUCACAUUGUCUAUACCUACUUCAGGUUCUUUGUCCUGUUAAUCUUUCGAUUUUCUAUCUUUAGACUGGUCGAUACCCGCGACGGCGCGAAAUACUUUGUCCAAGUCGUGCACAAUGCCGACAUGCUCCUCUCGAUGGUGCUGGUCUACGGCGCGGGACAAAGACUUUUGUGUAUGUCACAUCUGAUUGGAGCUGACAGUCUCCCGUCCAAGGAGCAGCUCGACUCCAACCUGGUAAGUCCACUCAAUUUGGUUAAUGUAACGUGAUUAGCAAUUCCUGCCGCAUUUGUCAUCGCCCGACGAGCGUGUCUUCAUCGUUCUCAACAAGGACGGUGACUUUGCCAUCGUGAAGGGACGAUGGAACGGCUUCUCGAGGAAGAUUUCUGGAGACAAAAUGCACAAAGGAAAGUCGGGAUCUGCUGGGGUUUUGAAUGUGGAAUUGUUCAACCUCUUGAAGAACACCGUGCAGAAGAUCCAGCUUCCUGGUGCUGAUGGGUCUACGUUGUUCGUACUUGGAGGUAAGAGGUAGUUAUAUUGUACGUGACACUUUUAGAUGCACAAGCUCGUUUGAAUGGUCGCAGAAUCCACUGUCGAUCCACCCAAACGGCCGAACAUAUUGCCUCGAUCUUCUCCAUCGGGACCUUGUUUGUGCUUUGUAACCCCGACAAGAUCAGGUCUCGACAAGAUACGACGAUGGUGGGACAUCCGUGUCAGAAGUGGCCAAUUCCUAUUGCUUGUGGCUAUGGGAAGCCAAUUCCUUCCAAUAGGUAUUUGGUCGGAAGACAAGACGGAGCAGCCUGUGAUGCCGCUCCAGCCUUAUUAGCCAUGUUCGGGUCUUCUGGAUUGUGUGACGGUGGGGCCGGCUGUGGAUCAGCCUGUGCUGGGUGUAGUGCGUGCGGUGCAUGUGGAGGAUGCGGAGGUGAGGUUUUAACAUAUUCCUUAAAAAAUCAUGCUUUUACCAAGCUUUAAUAACAUGUCUUACCAAUAUAUAAUUGUUUAUUAUCUACUAUAACAUUCAGGUUGUGGAGGUUGUGGCGGCUGCGGAGGAUGCGGCUAG